GGGCGGGGUUGGCCGGGGCCAAAAGCAGGGUGCAGGGCAGGCGUGGGGCGGGGCCGGGGCGGGGCCGGGCGCGGAGCGUGGGGCGGGGCCGGGCUGCCGGUAUCCUGCCUGCCGCAGUCCGAGUGCCGCGCUGGGAAGAGCGGGUGUUUGAAGGCUCCGCGGACCGGCACUAGGAGCCGAGGGCGGGUCCGUGACCCUCCGGCUGCUCGGAGCGAACAGGCGGCCAGGAAAGAAGCGGGCCUGAACACCAUGAUCCCUUUGGAGAAGCCAGGCAGCGGCGGCUCCUCCCCAGGCGCCACCUCAGGCUCGGGCCAGGCCGGCCGGGGUCUGAGCGGGCCGUGCCGGCCGCCGCCGCCGCCCCAGGCCCGCGGGCUGCUGACAGAGAUCCGCGCCGCGGUGCGCACCGAGCCCUUCCAGGACGGCUACAGCCUGUGCCCGGGCCGGGAGCUGGGCAGGGGGAAAUUUGCAGUGGUGAGAAAAUGUAUAAAGAAAGAUUCUGGGAAAGAAUUUGCUGCAAAAUUCAUGAGAAAAAGAAGAAAAGGCCAAGACUGUCGGGUGGAAAUAAUUCAUGAGAUUGCUGUACUUGAACUAGCACAGGACAAUCCUUGGGUCAUUAAUUUACAUGAAGUUUAUGAGACUGCAUCAGAAAUGAUCUUAGUUCUGGAAUAUGCUGCUGGGGGUGAAAUCUUUGACCAGUGUGUUGCAGACAGAGAAGAAGCCUUUAAAGAAAAAGAUGUUCAAAGACUUAUGCGACAGAUUUUAGAAGGUGUUCACUUUUUACACACUCGUGAUGUAGUUCAUCUUGAUUUGAAGCCUCAGAAUAUUCUGUUGACAAGCGAAUCUCCACUGGGUGACAUUAAGAUUGUUGAUUUUGGCCUUUCAAGAAUAUUGAAGAACAGUGAAGAGCUCCGAGAAAUUAUGGGUACCCCUGAAUAUGUGGCUCCUGAAAUUCUUAGUUAUGAUCCUAUAAGCAUGGCAACAGAUAUGUGGAGCAUUGGAGUGUUAACAUAUGUCAUGCUUACAGGAAUAUCACCUUUCUUAGGCAACGAUAAACAAGAAACAUUCUUAAACAUCUCACAGAUGAAUUUAAGUUAUUCUGAGGAAGAAUUUGAUGUUUUGUCUGAGUCGGCUGUUGAUUUCAUCAGGACACUUUUAGUUAAGAAACCUGAAGAUCGAGCCACUGCUGAAGAAUGUCUAAAGCACCCCUGGUUGACACAGAGCAGUAUUCAAGAGCCUUCUUUCAGGAUGGAAAAGGCACAAGAAGAAGCAAAUGCCCUCCAAGAAGGUCAUUCUGUGCCUGAAAUUAAUUCAGAUACCGACAAAUCAGAAACCGAAGAAUCCAUUGUAACCGAAGAGUUAAUUGUAGUUACUUCAUAUACUCUAGGACAAUGCAGACAGUCUGAAAAAGAGAAAAUGGAGCAAAAGGCCAUUUCCAAACGAUUUAAAUUUGAGGAACCUUUGCUACAAGAAAUUCCAGGAGAAUUUAUCUACUGAGCAGUAUUUCCCUUUAGAACUUUAAGAUUUCUACAUUGAAAAUGUUAAUAUUAUUUAUGGACCGCUGGCCAAAUGGUACAUGUACUGGAAGUGGAUAACCAGUAUCACUUACACAAACAAAAAUAACUUUGUCAAAUUUGUGGAGUUAGGUGGAAGCCAGAUUUUAAAAGUUGCCAACCAGGAGAUUUAACAGGUACAGUUACCCGUUUCAAUGUUAUUUUUAAGAAGGGAGAUGUUGGCACCUUUCAAUUCUACAUCCUAUUUCUCCAGAAUGAGAAUUUGUGUACAAAGAUAUUUGUAUUCACUUUCUUUAAAAAAUCCAAGUAAAAGUGCCAAAACUACAUUUCUGUAAAUCUCUUGCAUUAUUCAUAUGUGUAUCUAUAUCUGCAUAAUAUUUGUUAAUGUCUUUACUAAAAUUGCUACUUUUUCACUUUGGAUUUGUUUUUGGCAAAAUUUUAGUUUAAACAGACAUCUAAAUUUUCGAGACAGAAUAACAUUCACUAAAGUUUGAUAAUGUCUUUUUUUAAUAUUUUCUUACUGCUUUAUAGUGACUUGAUUUGGUUUCUGUUGUGUUUUUGCCUAAAUGCUUGUAACAUAUCAGUGAAAACCCCUAAUUUUUUUUCUCUUCAAUGUCACUAGUAAGAGAGGUGGUAAUUUUUCACCUCUGAAAUUAUUCUGGGUUUAAGUGUCAGCUCUUGAGCUGCUUCCCUCAUCACACCACACUCACAUGCAUCUGCUCUCUCUCACACUCUAUACCCCUGCCACUUCCUGGCACCUCCCCCCAUGCUUCUCAUUUAAUUUUGGCCACUUGUAGGUAUCAGUGUGAUCUGAUCAACACUCUGGUUACCUUGGUCAGUGAAAAGAUGCUACUAUAUUGCUUUUGUCCCAAAGUGAGUAAAAUCCCCUAGAGCAGAGAGAGAGAGCCUUCAUGCCAACCACAGCCUGUUUCUGCUGAGUUUCUUACCAGCCCUCAAGCUAUGCUAGGAAAAGUUAUAAAAUGCCAAAAUAUUUAUAAACAUUUACUUUGUCCAUAAAAAAUUUACAUUGGAUACUCUUUAAUUAGGAGGUACUUUGUCCCAAAGAGAUGUAUAAGAAUGUACUAAUAGUUUUAUUUGAUUAGGAUUAAACAGUUCAGUUGUAUCUAGGCCCCACAGUGACCAGUAAAAUGGAAAUGUAAAAGUGUAUGCCGAAUACCUUAAAGUAACUAUUUAUCCUUACACACAAAAGGCUCAGUGCAUUAAAUAUUUGCCUGUCACGUGUGUGCUGUGUACCGUGGCCAUGCCUCGCUCUGCACUAUGAACAACUCAGACCUGUCCCUUCACGGUCUGAUUAGGGUGUCCCACAAAGCUCUCUCCCUAACGUGGUUUCUCAACUGUCAGAAUCAUGAUAAAUGACAGCACCUAACCAUUAUUUUAAAGUAUGUACAGUAAAUACCCAAAUGUGUGUAAAUGUCAUAGACAUAUACAAAGUCAGUAAUCUCGCCCAGUCCUGCUGUGUGAAGCUGUCGAAGCAUCUGGGAGUGCUCUUUACACCAUUAGAUGAAAUUCAUCAGGCACUUCAGACAACCAGGUUGCACUGUUUUCUCACUAAAUUGGCUUUAUUUAUACAGUUUCUUGGAACCUAGCAUUCCUAAACAAGCUCCGAAAUGCAGAAGAAGAAAUUGUGCCACAGUGAUAAGAGUUUUUAAUGAAUACCCAUGGCCACAGUUUGAGUCUCAGGUAAGUCUUGGAAGAAGUUAAACACAGUAUUAGGCAAAUUUGUAUCUCUCUGAAAAAAUACGGACGAGGUGACCAGGAAAAAAUACCCACUAUUGAAUGACACGUUUGUACUUGAUGGAUCCGUCAUCAAGUUUUAAAAUCAGAAUCAUUUGGGCUUUUUAAAAACCAUUUUAUACUCGUAAUAAAUAUAUUUAAUAUAA